AUGCGCACCACCAAAGCUUCCAGACAGCCAGUGCUAUCCAGUGAGUCCAGUGACAGUGACAUAGAAGAGGAGAGCCUUUUUGGGCCAGGGCCUUCAAAAAGGAGGCUACAGAACAGCCAUCCAAGCCAGAAGAACACCGUGGAUCUGUGGAUUAAUGCAAGCGGACCCUGUGAGCCUCCCAUUAGAAGAGGAUCGGACAGAGAGCUACAGGCUUUUAUCAACAUGAGAGACCAGGCUGACAAGGCUACAGAGGAAUGGGAGAAGUUAAAUUAUGACAUCCACACUUUACGCUAUGCCAGACGAGAAAUCAGAUCUCGAUGGAGGAAAAUCCUGCUGCAGCUAGGUUAUCAGUGUGAGGUGGACGCCUUGCUGUGUGUGAACAGACAGAGCCGGUUUAGUCGAGAUCAGGAGCAUCUUAACAAAGCGACUGACCUGUUGAAACAGCUGCUUGACCACACCUCUCUGUUUCCCCCAGAAACUGAACACCACAACAAAUACCUCUGUGUCAUGGACCGCCUGGUGUCACUCGACAGUGCUGAGGACUUUGUCAGACUGGCCAAAGAAAAAUAUCCCAAGAAAGUAGGCUGAGAGACAGAAAACUGAAGACACAAAAGUUGAGGGAGAAGGAGAAGUUGUUUUUUUUUUUGAAGUUGAAAUGCUGUGCAAGAACAAACAUUUUUACCACACCUCAUCUAACAUUUAUUAAAUUGUAUAAGAAAUGUCAUUCUAUUGUUGUUUUGACCAUACAGUUCUUAAUGCUGUACGCAUGACUGUGUUUUCAAUAUUUUCUGAUUAGAGUAAGGGUUUCUCUCUUCUAGCAUUUCUACUGCCCUGCUACACUGUUACUCAGCUGGGGAGGAUUGUCCUAUUGAUAAACAAAGUCAUAGGUGAACAUACUCCUGGUUAAAAACAUGUAUUUUUGUUAUAUGGACACUUAAUUAAUAAAAGUGGGAAAAUAAUCCUUUGCAGCUACAAAGAUGUUUUUUGACGUCUAUAUUAAUAAUUGUAUAAUACAUGUAAAUGUCUUUCUUGAUGGCACCACAAACAUCUUUAACACAUUUGUAGUUAAA